AUGUAUGAAUAUGAACGUUUGAAAGACACUGAAUUGACAAGAGUCGCCGACGUGUAUGGAGUACAAAUACGGAACAAACAGCACGAGGUAAGCACAUUGACUAGUUCAACAAAAUCAGGGAAAAUAUUUAAUUCUGCGAAAACAACUCGUGGUUCUACUAGGACUGGGAAACACGCCCCUGAGGACCGCGUUCUGAAAAUAACUUCCAAAGAAGGCAACUAUCUACCAUUCGAUUUGAAAGUAGAAGUUAAAGAUGGUUCGGCGGAACAAAUGAAGUCAAGCAAAAUAACAGGCUCGACCAAACACCCAGAAACUGGACAUCGUUUUAGUGUUCCUCAAAGCCAGUCCUAUAACGGUCAGGUGACUUCUUCUUCUUCUUCUUCUUCUUCUUCUUCUUCUGCGAUCCCAAAAGUUCAGGUGACUAAUAAUGACCUUGAACCAACCAUUGUCAUUAAUUCAGAAGCAAUCUGGCACGAGAGUCCAAUAUCGCAUCCAACUUACAACACACUGACAACCCGCGAUGGCGCGGCAGUCGGCGAAAUAAGAAGUGGAUCAAACAAUAUCCGUCACAGUUCCGUGAACUUAGAGAGACUGACCAAGAUUUCCUCCACAGUGAUAUCAAAAACUGGUGGGCUUAGAACUUCGUUCUUACCAAUAUCCUUUAUGACAACAAAGGCGCCUAUUACUCGAGGCGAUUCAAUGCAGGGUGGUAGAAAUCCUGAAGCAAAGUAUACCUAUCCCAAUUCUUCGGCAAGGCAGAACAGUUCGAACAAGGUGGCCCUGCCCUGGCUAACAAAAGCUGGCCCUUUAAAGACCUCACGGUUAGCGAUAUUCUUCAGGACAUCUACGGAGAACCCAGAUGAAUCAAAUACUCGUGACAGAUUUACUCGUACAAGUAAUGUCAAUCCACGAGCCAGUCUCACCACAGUUACCACGACAUCGCAGGACGAACACGUAUCUGACCUAACUACUGGAUCAAGUAAUCUGCAUUGGAAUUCCGCUGUGCACGAGAGUUUAAACAGCAUUGGCUUGACUCCAACAACAGCAGCUGGUCCUUCCGAGAUUUCAGAGUCUUCAGACUCUCCAUCAUCCUUUAGGACAAAUAAUCCAGCAGCUCCUACCCGACCAAGUAUCUCGCAAUGGUUGAACUCACCUACUACAGGAAAUGGCAAUUCAACGAUGAGCCAUAAAAGUACUGCAGCAAGUAAUCAGCGACAACAGACCGCUCAUUUUAUAGGAUUCGCAACCUUGAAAUCACCUACUACAGGAGAUGGAAGGUCAACUAUCAGUCAUAUAAGAACUCUAGCAAGUAUUCAUCGACAACGGGUCGCUCAUGUUACAUCAUACACAACUUUGAACUCACCUACUACAGGAGAUGCAAAGUCAACUACCCGACCAAGUGUCUCGCAAUGGUUGAACUCACCUACUACAGGAGAUGGGAUGUCAACUAUCAGUCAUGGAAAUACUCCAGCAAGUAAUCAGAGACAAUGGACCGCUCCUGUUACAGCAUACAAAGCGGUACUUGAUGAGACAGCAUCUCAUCAUCCAACGUAUGAUGACUUCCUGUUCACUCGUGGUGGACCAGCCGACAGCGAUGAUCGUCGUCGACCAAGUUAUGUCUAUCAGCGAGCCACUCCCGUCACAGAAGAACUCGCAACACGGCACGUAGUCAACACAACAUUGAAACUUUUGGCUACAGCCACCGAUCAUGCCAAGCUUAAAGAACUAUUGACACCUGAACUCGGUAAUAGUAUGCGCAACGACGAACACAGGUCUGAACCUCCUUCUUAUCAGGUCUUAAGCACAGAUAGUACUGAAGAGAAGUUUAAAGAUCUAAAGACAUUGGGACCCAGCAGCGAGCGAGACGACGAGUUCGUACUUUAUCCCACUGAUGAAACCUUGGUCACAGGUUCUGAUCAACGGAAGCUUACCAACGGACCUGCACCUAGAACUGCACCUGAAUCAGGUAACGUACGUGAACUAGAGAGGAACAGACUCAUGUUGGGUCUGGAGCCAUUUUCUCAGCCCGAUUUGAAUACUAGUAUGUUUUAUUUCGUCACUAUAAUCAGUGUGGCUUGCUUCAUUGCAGUGUUGCUGUUCGGAACGUUCUGCUACGUGUGUUCCGCAGAGUAA